GUGAACCGCAACAUUUCCCGAGUUUUUAGCGUUCUGGAAGGUAAAGAAGUGGGAAAAUUCGCAUAUUAGCGUAGCUCUCAACAGCUGCCGAUAAGUUUGGUGGGAAGCUGGUGGUGAUUAAGUAACAAGUGCUAUCUCAAAAUAGUUACCAUCGCGAACCAUUGCUGAGAAUCCGGGUUAAAGAUCAGAUCCGGUCAGAGUCGUGAUAAGCACCGUGAGUGACUGUGAAGCAAUAGAUGACCAUUUUUGAGCAGUUAUAGCACGAAAGUUUGGACGGGAUUAGUGCCGGAUCCUGUUUUGAGGACAGUUCCUGCUGGGGUGUGCGCAUAACAUUUCAAUUACGUCGUCUGGUGUCAGACCACAGGCAGACAAGCGUUAGCUGUGUACUGGGCUUUUGUGUGAGACUCGUGGUAGAACCAACGGUUUGGCGUUAAACUGGCAUCGUCCACCACGACACCGCAGCAGACGCCCGCGAGAAUGUCGCGCAAACGGCCACGUGACAGCUUGGAUGAUAUGUCGGCCAGCGCUAACAGCAGCACCGGCCGCUUGACAAUCGACGAGACGGUUUCGAUCACGAUCGAUCCAAACGGGGAAUUAGAGGAUCGGUUGGCUACAAAUGAGGAGCAACAGCUGCCGGCGCCACCGCCACCGCCCCAAUUACAAGUUGAUGCCACGGCUGCAGCUGAUGGUACGCCUGAUAGUAUGAACGGUAGCAGCAAGCGCUUCAGCAGCAUCCGACUCGUGGACGAAGGCAUCGAACCCGGCCAUGGUGAUCACUUCUGGCCGCCAAACAAUGAUGGUGCGCUGAAUGGACACGUUAAUUUUGCCCAACCAGCAGUCGAACGUCCCCGUUCGUCCGAUCCAGCAUCGCCUCCAUCACUUUCGUCGAACGGUUCAUCUUCUGUGGCCACAUCCUCGGGAUUCGUCAGCCAACAGGCAACGAGUGGAGUCGAACAUAGCCCACCGGUGACUAUCUGCAAACAGGCACCAUACUCUACAGAAUUGGACGCAAUUAGGGAGCGUGAGCGAUGCGAUUACACACAAAAAAUCACCUACCAGAUGGCCCGUUCAGGCACUGCGCCGCGUAUGAUCCGCGUGUACGCAGACGGUAUCUAUGACCUUUUCCAUCAGGGACAUGCGAGACAGCUAAUGCAGGCCAAAAACGUCUUUCCCAACGUGUACCUGAUCGUUGGAGUUUGCAACGAUAAACUGACCCACAGCCGGAAGGGUCGAACGGUGAUGAACGAUGAAGAGCGUUACGAAGCGGUUCGACACUGUCGCUACGUUGAUGAGAUCGUACGAGAUGCUCCCUGGGAGUUGGAUGAUGAGUUUAUCGAGAAGCAUAAGAUUGAUUUCGUGGCUCAUGAUGAAAUACCAUACAGCACGGAUGACUGCAACGAUGUGUAUGCAAAAAUCAAGGCCAAAGGCAUGUUUGUGGCAACCGAGCGAACGGAAGGUGUUUCCACGUCCGACAUAGUGGCACGGAUCGUGAAGGAUUACGAUAUCUAUGUGCGUCGCAAUCUAGCCCGCGGAUACACAGCGAAGGAGCUGAACGUGUCGUUCCUGUCGGAGAAAAAGUUCCGUUUCCAGAACAAAAUGGUCGAGUUGAAGGAUAAGGUGCGAAAGGGCAAAGACGAUUUCAUUACCAAAUGGGAAGAACGAUCGACCGAUCUGAUUAAAACGUUCCUGCUGAUGUUUGGCAAAGAGCGAAUCUCAAUGUUUCUGUCCGAUUCGAAGCAGCGCAUCCGUUCGGCACUCAGUCCACCGGGCAGUCCGGGCAGUGGCAGUAAUCACAGCCUAAACGAUUGUGACGAUGAUUUGGAAAGUCCCGAUUCCGUGCUCGAUUCCCCGCCCAGCAAGCGCUCAAACAUGUUGCUACGCAAUAGUGACGAUGUGAUCCGAAGCCGCCAUCAUCUACUAUCGGAGGAAGAUGAUGAGGAGCACGGUUUGUGUGGAUCUCAUUCACCACCACCGGUGCUCGAAGACGACGAAGAUGACGAUGACGACGAUGAUGAGGCGUACCUGGAUACGCGCUCGCGACCAUCAUCCAACUACAACAUUUCUCUUAUGGCUGGCGGUGACGGAAACAGUGCCGGUACGCUGAACAGCAGUAGUAGCAGCGGAAGUCGAAACUAUGGCAAUCGUAACUACUAAAUGCCACAGUGAAGGAAAGAAAGAGCGUCCACUUAGGCGAAGGUGUGGGGAAAUGUACCGUUAGCUACUCUCAAGUGUACUACGAAUUUUCCCGGGGGGAAUUGCGUUGUUGCCCGUUUGCUAUUACCUGAACUACCAGCGCACCGUUUGCAGAACUAAUGGCGUCCCGUUUUUGGUACACAAAAGCAAAACAAAAACAAAACAAAGAGAAAGUUUGUAACUAAACGCUUUGAAAACCCUUGCCCGCCAAAUUACAGCUACCUAUAGAAUAUGACGCUAAAUCACAUUUAUCGGUCACAAUAUACAAUCCUCCAUCGUGUGUCUCGCAUUCGGCAGUGAAUCCUUUUGAGUAUUAUCUUUGGGACGACAAUAUAGGGAGAAGCUUGAACCGUUCGGAUGCAAUCACCAAAACGAACAUUCUUUACACAGAUUUGUUGAUAAUGGGGUGAAUAAGUUACACUUCACAAAAGUGCAACAAAAAAAGGUAACCGAAUCAUUUAGCAAAUGUUAGAAACGCUAUGUAACGCAUUCUCAGGGAUCAAGUGAGCGAAGUGAAGGGAUGUGCGUUC